AUGUCCUCCCCGAUCGUUGGUCCUCACCCAAGUCCGACCGAAGAAUUCGACGAAAUUCCCCUUCCUACUUCCCUCCCUGCGACAAGUCUCCCCAGUCCAGUCCUCAGUCCAACUCUCAAUCCGACUCGUCCCAGUCUUCAGCGGGAAGAUACUGCAGAUGUGCAUGAAUAUGCUGCGGGGCUGCACGACAUACAAACGCCGCCAACGCAGCCCACCCCGCCAAUUCGUUCACCUCGAGUGCGUUUCCGUUCAAUCAGCCGCUCGGUAAGCGAGAGAUUUCAUGUCCAUGGCCAUGGCCAUGGACACAGCCGUGAUGGCUCUCGUCGCAACUCCACCGAUUUGUCCGACCCUUCGCAGCAUUUACUACCGCCACCAGAGUUGAGCGAAGUGCCUUCCGGAACCGUCACCCCGCCAGCCCCCGCACAUUCCUCUUCACGCGGCCUCACUGGCCGCAUGCCAUACGAGGAGGAAUCCCCUGCUGAACCUCCUGAAGAGGAAAAGCAGAGCCUCAUUGAGCGAACUGCUUCCGCAAGAGAGCGCUUUCGAGCUGCUGGACAGCUACUGCGCCAAAAGACAGUUCGUCUCACGGAACGUCUGGGUCGCCCUCCCGAUGAAGGCGAGGCCUUGAACGCCUCCUAUUUCCCCGAUGAUUUCGAUAACGGUAUUCCUCUCGAGGAGCUUCAAGCACGACGCGCCCGUCAGGAUGCAGACCGGCUCCGAUCGUUGGAGAAUGGUGUCCAGCCCAUCGAGGCUGCCCCAACCGCCGAGGCCCAUCGCCUGGUGCGCAGCAUGACCCAGGCUCAGGAUCGCAAACGUCGGCCGCGCGGCGCAUACCAGCGGUCGGGCCAGACAACUCCGGAGGGUGUCUUGCGUGGAUUCGCGCGCCGGCGAUCUAGCGGAUUGGCCGGCGGCAGCGGUAUCCUCUCGCAGCUAUUGAAGCUCCAGGCUGUGUCGACAAACGGAUCGUCUCGCCCGGGCAGUGUCAUUACCGAUGACUCGGAUAGCGACACCCAAUUUUCGUCCGGUGCGACAACUCCAAAGAAGGGUUCUCUCACACCAUCAGUUCCCCCGUCUGCCCUGGCGUCUGGUGCUGCAACCCCACGCAGGGAAAAGAUCAAAUGGUAUAAGAAGUCGAAUCACCGAUCGACUUCGUCGCUGGUCGACGCUUCCAUGAAUCUGAGCAGUACUACUUUGCCUGGCAUUGCUCCUAUCCAGCCUGGCAAGAAACACAGGAAGAACAAGCGCAAGACUCGCCUCGAAGAUGAGAUCCGUGUUACUGUUCAUAUCGCCGAGAUCUUGGCUCGCCAGCGUUACAUUAUGCAGCUCUGCCGGGCGCUUAUGCGCUACGGUGCGCCGACUCACCGUUUGGAGGAGUACAUGCAGAUGACCGCUCGUGUCCUUGAGGUUUCCGGUCAAUUCUUGUACCUCCCGGGCUGCAUGAUGAUGUCUUUUGAUGAUCCUGUCACCCGCACUGCAGAGGUUAAGCUGGUCCGUAUGGUUCAGGGUGUUGACCUGGGCCGCCUUGCCGACACGCACAACGUCUACAAAAAUGUUGUACAUGAUCUCAUUGGAGUUGAAGAAGCAAGCCAGGAACUGGAUGAAAUCAUGCAACGGAAGCCCCGAUUCAACCGGUGGAUUCUUGUUGGGAUGUAUGGUCUCGCGAGUACUGCUGUUGGUCCCUUCGCUUUCAAAGCACGUCCGAUCGAUAUGCCAAUCAUCUUCAUUCUGGGCUGCCUGGUCGGUCUUAUGCAACACGUCCUGGCCCCGCGCUCUGUCUUGUAUUCCAACGUCUUCGAAGUGACUGCUGCCGUGCUCACUUCUUUCCUCGCUCGUGCCUUUGGCAGUAUCAAAGUCACCCGCAAUGGGGUUCAAGAAGAGCUUUUCUGCUUCUCUGCUUUGGCACAAUCAUCCAUUGCGCUAAUCCUUCCUGGUUUCAUGGUUCUCUGUAGCAGUCUGGAACUUCAAUCACACCAGAUGAUCGCCGGGUCGAUUCGCAUGGUCUACGCUAUCAUUUAUUCUCUCUUUCUCGGUUACGGUAUCACCGUGGGGACCACGAUAUAUGGCCUCAUGGACGGUAAUGCCACAUCCGCAUCUACAUGUUCCAAUCUCAGUAUCUACGGAUCUGAUUACACACGACAGUUUCCUUUCGUCGCCAUUUAUGCAGUCUUUCUCGCAAUCGUCAAUCAAGGAAAGUGGAAGCAAAUGCCGGUCAUGGUUUUCAUUGCUGUCUCGGGCUACAUCACCAACUAUUUCAGCACGACACUACUCGGCUCCAACUCCGAGGUCGCGAAUACCGUCGGCGCAUUCACCAUCGGCGUUCUCGGCAAUUUGUACAGUCGUCUUUGGCACGGUCACGCUGCCACUGCCAUCCUGCCAGGUAUCUUCGUCCUCGUUCCUUCCGGUCUUGCCUCGAGUGGCUCCCUCAUCGCUGGCAUUAAGUAUGCCGAUGAAGUCCGGCACAAUCUCCAAACUUCCGGCAACAGCUCCUCUAGCAGCAGUCUCUCCGCAUCUUCCGUCGCCAGUCUUGGCUUCGGUAUGAUCCAGGUUGCCAUCGGCAUUACUGUUGGCUUAUUCAUUGCUGCCCUCAUCGUCUAUCCCUACGGCAAGAAGCGCACCGGUCUUUUCAGCUUCUAG